GAGCGCGUCCGGUUUGGGACCCCGCGGGCUGAGAGGUGCGGCGGGUUACGAGACCGGCUCCCGCGGCGCAGCUUACUUGUGGAACAUAAACAAUGGAUUCCUUGGACCAUAUGCUGACGGAUCCCUUGGAACUGGGCCCAUGUGGGGAUGGCCACGGCUCGCGGAUCAUGGAGGACUGCCUCCUGGGGGGCACCAGGGUUAGUCUGCCUGAGGACCUUCUGGAGGACCCUGAGAUCUUCUUCGAUGUAGUCAGCCUCUCAACGUGGCAGGAAGUGCUGAGUGACUCUCAGCGUGAACAUCUCCAGCAGUUUCUGCCCCACUUUCCUGAAGACAGCAUGGAGCAGCAGAAUCAGCUCAUCCUCGCCCUGUUCAGUGGGGAGAACUUCCGCUUUGGGAACCCUCUGCACAUCGCCCAGAAGCUUUUCCGAGACGGACACUUCAACCCCGAGGUGGUUAAGUACCGGCAGCUGUGCUUCCGGUCGCAGUACAAGCGCUACCUCAGCUCCCAGCAGCAGUACUUUCACCGGCUGCUGAAGCAGAUCCUGGCCUCGCGCAGCGACCUGCUGGAGAUGGCCCGGCGGAGCGGCCCCGCCUUCCCGUGCCGGCAGAAGCGGCCCUGGCCGUCGCGCGCGCCCGAGGAGCGGGAGUGGCGCACCCAGCAGCGCUACCUGAAGGUCCUGCGAGAGGUGAAGGAGGAGUGCGGGGACACGGCGCUGUCCUCCGACGAGGAGGAUCUCAGCUCGUGGCUUCCAAGCUCCCCAGCACGCUCCCCGAGCCCUGCUGUUCCCCUCAGGGUGGUGCCCACGCUCUCCACCACAGACAUGAAAACCGCAGAUAAAAUAGAGCUGGGGGACAGUGACCUGAAGAUCAUGCUAAAGAAGCACCACGAGAAGCGGAAAUACCAACCAGAUCAUCCGGACUUGUUGACAGGGGACUUGACUCUGAAUGACAUCAUGACUCGAGUGAACGCCGGCAGGAAGGGCUCGCUAGCAGCCCUGUAUGACUUGGCUGUCCUUAAAAAAAAGGUUAAAGAAAAAGAGGAAAGGAAGAAGAAGAAAAUUAAAUUGAUCAAGUCGGAGGUGGAGGACCUGGCCGAAUCCCUGAGCGGUCCUGAAGGGCUCCCACCCCUCUCGCAGGCUCCAUCCCCUCUGGCCAUAGCCGCCGUCAAGGAAGAGCCUCUCGAAGACCUCAAGCCUUGCCUUGGAAUCAAUGAAAUAUCUUCCAGCUUCUUCUCUCUUCUGCUGGAGAUCCUGCUGCUGGAGGGACAGGCUAGCCUUCCUUUGCUGGAAGAGCGGGUUUUGGAUUGGCAAUCCUCUCCAGCCAGCUCCCUCAAUAGCUGGUUCUCUGCGGCCCCCAACUGGGCAGAGUUGGUAUUACCAGCCCUGCAGUAUCUUGCUGGAGAAAGCCGUGCUGUGCCAUCCAGCUUCUCUCCGUUUGUUGAAUUCAAGGAGAAAACCCAGCAGUGGAAACUGCUUGGCCAGUCCCAAGAUAAUGAAAAGGAGUUAGCUGCACUCUUCCAGCUGUGGCUGGAAACCAAAGACCAGGCCUUCUGUAAGCAAGAAACUGAAGACAGCUCAGAUGCCACAACGCCUGUUCCUCGGGUAAGGACUGACUACGUGGUGCGGCCCAGCACAGGGGAGGAGAAGCGAGUUUUUCAGGAGCAGGAGCGCUACCGGUACAGCCAGCCCCACAAAGCCUUCACCUUCCGCAUGCACGGCUUCGAGUCCGUGGUGGGGCCCGUGAAGGGUGUGUUCGACAAGGAGACCUCGCUCAACAAGGCACGGGAGCACUCCCUGCUGCGCUCUGACCGGCCCGCCUACGUCACCAUCCUGUCCCUGGUUCGUGACGCGGCAGCGCGGCUGCCCAACGGGGAGGGCACGCGGGCGGAGAUCUGUGAGCUGCUCAAGGACUCCCAGUUCCUGGCACCCGACGUCACCAGCACGCAGGUGAACACAGUGGUGAGCGGCGCCCUGGACCGGCUGCAUUAUGAGAAGGACCCGUGUGUGAAGUAUGACAUUGGGCGGAAGCUGUGGAUCUACUUGCAUCGGGACCGCAGCGAGGAGGAGUUUGAGCGGAUCCACCAAGCCCAAGCAGCUGCGGCCAAAGCCAGGAAAGCCCUCCAGCAGAAGCCCAAGCCUCCGUCCAAGGUGAAGUCCAGCAGCAAGGAGGGUCCGGUGAAGGUCCUGAGCGGUGGCCCGUCCGAGCAGAGCCAGCUGAGCCUCAGCGACUCCAGCAUGCCCCCAACCCCGGUCACGCCCGUGACGCCCACCACGCCUGCUCUACCUGCCACGCCGAUCUCCCCGCCGCCGGUGCCGCCAGUGAACAAGAGUGGCUCCACGACAGUCUCGGAACCGGCCAAGUCUACGUCAGGUGUUCUUCUCGUGUCCUCACCAACCAUGCCGCAGCUGGGAACCAUGCUGUCCCCAGCAUCCAGCCAGACCCCGCCAAGUUCUCAGGCUGCUGCCCGUGUUGUGAGCCACUCGGGCUCAGCCGGGCUCCCCCAGGUGCGAGUGGUGGCCCCACCUAGCCUUCCCUCCGUGACGCAGCCAGCAGCGCCAGCCCCGGCGCUUCCACCAAUGCCCACGGGAACGCAGAUCCGCAUGCCGGCCACUGGCGCACAGGCCAAAGGCGGGCCCCAGACAGUCCUGGCCACCGUUCCGGUCAAAGCGCAGACAGCGACGGCCACCUUGCAGCGGCCGGGACCUGGGUCGGCGGGGCUCACGGUGACAAGUCUCCCUGCAGCGGCCAACCCUGCGAGCAAGCCCGCCACCAGCUCUCCUGGGGGCUCCACUCCCAGCACCCCCACGGCGGCCGUUCUUCAGAACGUCGCAGGACAGAACAUUAUCAAGCAGGUGGCGAUCACUGGGCAGCUUGGCGUGAAGCCCCAGACGGGCAGCAGCGUCCCCCUCACAGCCACCAACUUCCGGAUCCAGGGCAAGGAUGUGCUGCGUCUUCCGCCCUCCUCCAUCACCACGGACGCCAAGGGCCAGACGGUGCUGCGCAUCACCCCAGACAUGAUGGCCACUCUGGCCAAGUCCCAGGUCACCACAGUCAAACUGACCCAGGACCUCUUUGGGACGGGCGCCGGCGCCACGGGCAAAGGCAUCUCGGCGACCCUCCACGUCACAUCCAACCCCGUUCAUGCCACUGACAGCCCUGCUAAGGCAGGUGUGGCUGCUGCCCCGUCGUCCACUCCAACAGGGACCACUGUGGUCAAAGUGACUCCUGAUCUCAAGCCGGGGGAAGCCUCGAGUUCAGCUUUUCGCUUGAUGCCAGCGCUCGGCGUGAGCGUGGCCGACCAGAAGGGGAAAAACACAGUGGCCUCAUCGGAAGCGAAACCAGCUGCCACCAUUCGUAUUGUGCAGGGCCUGGGGGUGAUGCCCCCCAAAGCAGGCCAGACCAUCACGGUCGCAGCCCACACCAAGCAAGGGCCCUCAGUGGCCGGUGGGUCUGGAACUGUUCAUACAUCGGCCGUGUCCUUGCCCAGUGUGAACGCUGCCGUGUCCAAGACCGUGGCUGUGGCUUCUGGGGCGGCCAGUGCCCCCAUCAGCAUCGGGACCGGAGCACCUGCCGUGCGGCAGGUCCCAGUCAGCACCACGGUCGUCUCCACGUCGCAGGCCGGGAAGCUGCCUACACGGAUCACAGUUCCGCUGUCUGUCAUCAGCCAGCCCAUGAAGGGCAAGAGUGUGGUCACAGCCCCCAUCAUCAAAGGCAACCUGGGGGCCAACCUCGGUGGGUUGGGCCGCAACAUCAUCCUCACUACCAUGCCGGCGGGCGCGAAGCUCAUUGCGGGCAACAAGCCGGUCAGCUUCCUCACGGCCCAGCAGCUGCAGCAGCUCCAGCAGCAGGGUCAGGCCACGCAGGUGCGCAUCCAGACAGUCCCCGCGUCCCACCUCCAGCAGGGAACAGCCUCCGGUUCCUCCAAGGCCGUCUCCACUGUCGUCGUGACCACGGCCCCGUCUCCUAAGCAGGCGCCCGAGCAGCAGUGAUUCUCAGGAAGACGUUCGGCGGCUGGACGCCACUCCUGUCGGCCUUCAGGCUGGGAAGGCAGGAGCGUGGUGGCUGCCUUGCCCCGCUCCACCUGGCUGGGUGGGUGUCUGUCUGAGGAAGGCCAGCAGCAGGACGCUGGCCGCUCAGCUGCGCUCCGCGGGGAGUGGGCCGCACCAGAUGUCCUGGGCCCCCGGGCUCUGUCUUGUCUGGUCCAGGAGAAGUGUCUCUGGUGGGGGUGUGUGAACUCAUCGUGGUCACACGAGCCCAGCUCUCCCGAGAGGAGACACUGGAGACGGGCUGAUGUCACAGGUAUGUGGGUGGUGAGCGAGACUUGUUCUGUGCAGGGAUUGUGUUUACCCUGGUCUUGUGUGUGAUUGGUGGUCUGGGUCGGUGUUCUGUGUCCAGAUAUUUUUAUGUAACAUUUUUUGCAAAAAGCUGUGUACAUCUCUAUCAAGUAGAAACCUGGGCUUAGACACGCCCCCACCCCCAAAAACGCGUCUUAAGUUGCUUCAGUAGUGUCCGACUCUUUGCAGCCCUAUGGACUGCAGCAAGCCAGGCUCCUCUGUCCAUGGAAUUCUCCAGGCAAGAAUACUGGAGUGGGUUGCCAUUUCCUUGUCCAGGGGAUCUUCCUGACCCAGGGAUCGAACCCAGGUCUCCUGCAUUGCAGGCAGAUUUACUUAAUUUUUUGACAAGAGUGAAAGAACAGCAAGAUUCUUAGUAAGUUAGUGGCUUACUUGAUAGCUGCCUGGUAACAGAGUGGCCAUGAGGUGGGGGAGAAACAUGGGCAGUGAGGUCGCGUGGGGUCCCAGAAGUGGAAUUAGUGUGGUAGCUCUGCUUAAAGACAGGCAGUCAGGAUCUUGACUGUGGUCCACCGUUCAACUGCUGACUCUGUCCUCCUUGUCAAGCCUGUCUACAUGUGCGUCCAGAGCCAGUGGGCAGAGCAGGCAGAGGCCAGGAUACAUAACUGCUUUCGCAGCACAAGCUUUAUUGUGGUUCAGACGAUACAUUUUGCUUUGCUCCAGAGCAAGAGUCAGCAGACCUUGCUCCUUGGGCUGGCUACCUGGUUUUGUAAAUAAAGUUUUACUGGAACACAGCCCACACCCAUUCACUUAGGUAUGGUCUGUGGAUGCUUCCAGUUAGAAGGCAGGACUCAGUAGUCACAGAGACUGCACCGCCUCAAGUCCAAAAAAUGUCCUGCAUGACCCAUUGAGUAGAACUUUGCUGCUUCUGCACCGGAAUAUGGUGGGGCCGGGGGGUGUGUGGCCGCGAGGCAGCACCAGCUGCAGAGAUGGGUCUGGGUUUAUUGUCAUUAGCUCCUGACUGUUCACGGCUCUCAGUCUCCACUGAGCCAUAGGCAGAGCUCAGAAUGCUGUGUUAAAAUAUAAUUAAAACCAUUGGUUGCCAACAG